UAGGCAACCGCUUAUGUAGCCUACGUCAAGAGCGGUCCCUGACUUCAUGGGCUUUUAAAAGGAACUUUUGCAAGACACUAUAUGUAUUACUGUCAGGAAAAAACCCCACAAGAAACACACCUGACAAAAAGACUCACAGCCGUUUGGGAGGGAGCAGAUAGACCGGGAGAUAGACAGGGAGAAAUGGCGCCUCGAUGCUGCGCUCACUGAAGCGGUGUUUGGAGCCGGUUGGAGAGAUUCAGUAAGGACAGUUCAAAGGAGAAAAACAUGGAGAGCACGAGGAAGAGCCCCCGGACACGGAGCGGCGCCUUCAUCUCCUCCAGGACGCGCUCGUCAUCGAAAAAACAGAGAAACUCAGAGGAACAUCAGAAGGAGCCCAGCAGUGAUGCGAGCAGUCCCAGCAGCCCACGGUUGGCGCCUCCUGCCAAACGAACACGCCGGCAGACGGCCUCCGAGCCAAGCUCCAGUGACACUUCCCCAUCCCCCCAGGCUAAGGGCCAGAGGGUCAGCUGGGGCUUGCCCACCUACCGCACCCGGCUGUCUUCUCGCAUAAUGCAAAAUGGGCACGCCCAUAUGAAUCACAGGAGUGAGGAGAGUGGAGGGGCUGAUCACUCUCGUAUGAAUGGCCACGUGGAGCUGAAGAGGAGCUGCCGGGUGAGGAAGAGCCAAUUUCAACACCUCAAUCAGAGCCUUCUGUUCGACCAGCUGGUCAACAGCACUGCUGAGGCUGUUCUUCAGGAAAUGGACAACAUCACCAGCAUCAGGCAGAACCGUGAGCUGGAGCGACUUCGUAUGUGGAAUGGAGAAACCGAGGAGGAAAAUAUGGACAUGUAUUCUCGGGUGAAGCGCCGAAAAUCUAUGCGUAGAAGCACUUAUAACAUGCCUGCACACCACAAAGCCAUGAGCAAGGAUGAGGAAGAAGAAGAAGAGGAAGAAGGGACUGAAGAAUCUCACUGCGAAGAAGAGGAGGAUGAGGAUGCAGAGGAUGACGAUGAAGGGGACGAAGCUGAAGAGGUGGGGGAGGAAAACGAUAGGCCGUACAACCUGAGGCAGCGCAAGACUGUGCAAAGAUAUGAAGCUCCACCUAUCGAGCCUGUGAAUAGAAAACAGAGCAACCCCUCACUUUUUGACACGCACAGAUCCCCAGCAAGAAGAAGCCAUAUUAGAGUGAAGAAACAUGCCAUUCACAGCAGUGACACCACCUCAUCAUCUGAUGAAGAACGCUUUGAGCGAAGAAAAAGCAAGAGCAUGACUCGGGCGAGGAACAGAUGUUUACCCAUGAACUUGACAGCUGAAAGCUUGGCCAGUGGCGUGCUGCGUGAUAGAUUUAAAGUGGGCGCGAGCUUGGCUGAUGUGGACCCCAUGAAUCUUGACAAUUCGGUGAAGUUCGACAAUGUGGGUGGCCUCAGUAAUCACAUUCAGUCACUAAAGGAGAUGGUUGUGUUCCCUCUGCUCUAUCCUGAGGUCUUUGAAAAAUUCAAGAUUCAGCCUCCCAGAGGGUGUUUGUUCUAUGGACCACCAGGAACAGGAAAGACUCUGGUUGCACGGGCACUUGCCAAUGAGUGCAGUCAGGGAGAUAGGAGGGUUGCCUUUUUCAUGAGGAAGGGAGCUGACUGCCUCAGCAAAUGGGUCGGAGAAUCAGAACGACAGCUACGCCUCCUUUUUGAUCAGGCUUACCUGAUGAGGCCAUCCAUUAUUUUCUUUGAUGAGAUUGAUGGUUUGGCUCCGGUUCGCUCCAGCAGGCAAGACCAGAUACACAGUUCUAUUGUGUCCACGCUGUUGGCCUUAAUGGAUGGCCUGGACAGCCGUGGGGAGAUAGUUGUCAUUGGUGCUACAAACAGACUUGACUCUAUCGACCCAGCUCUCAGGAGGCCUGGACGGUUUGACCGAGAGUUUCUCUUCAGCUUGCCAGACAAGAAGGCCAGAAAGCACAUUCUGGAGAUUCACACCAGGGAUUGGAAUCCCAAACUAUCUGAGCCAUUUCUCGAUGAACUUGCAGAAAAAUGUGUCGGCUACUGUGGUGCUGACAUCAAAGCACUUUGCACAGAGGCAGCCUUGAUGGCGUUGCGCCGACGAUACCCCCAGAUCUACGGCAGCAGUGUCAAACUGAAGUUGGAUGUCAAGUCCAUCGUCCUGGGGCCCGGCGACUUCAGCAAGGCAAUGAGGACAGUAAUCCCAGCCUCCCAGAGGGCCCUGGCUCCCCCGGGUCGAGCCCUGUCCCCUUCCCUCAGGCCCCUGUUGGCCAGCAACUUCUCCUCGGUGCUGAAAGCUCUUCUCAGAGUCUUCCCCCAUGCUCAGUGUACUGACAGGGACAACACACAAGGCGGUGACAAUCAUCUGCUCGAAGAGGACCAGUACAGCGAUGAUGACAAUGAGGAUGGCUCUGCCUCCAUUUACGAAGUACAGCCUUCUGCAUCCCCAAAGAGUCCGCUUUCCUCUCCUGCAAUGCACAGACCCUUUCUCCACUUCUCCUCUUCUGCACUCCAACAGCCCACAGCAUACCGGCCUCGCCUGCUGCUGGCAGGGGCCCCAGGUUCUGGACAAAGCUCCCACUUGGCUCCUGCCUUGCUCCACCACCUGGACAAGCUACCGGUGCACCGCCUGGACUUGCCCACUUUGUACUCCGUCAGCGCCAAGACGCCGGAGGAGUCCUGUGCUCAGGUUUUCCGUGAGGCCCGUCGAAGUGUUCCCAGCGUGGUGUACAUGCCACAUAUCUCAGAGUGGUGGGACACAGUGAGUGACACUGUGAAGAGCACCUUCCUCACCCUGCUGCAUGAUGUGCCCUCCUUUAGCCCUGUCCUCAUCCUUGCAACUGCUGAGACUCAGUACUCAAAGCUGUCAGAAGAGGUGAGAAGUAUAUUUCAGAGGACCUAUGGGGAGGUGGUAUUGCUGUGCCAUCCAGGAGAACAGGAGAAGAGGAACUUUUUCUCUGAUCUGCUGCUGGUUCAGGCAGCCAGACCACCUCCACGGCCCAGGAAUACAGAGAGGUGUGAAGAGGUGCUAGCAGUGGCAGAGACGCCAGCCCCCAGAGUCCUGUCAGAGGAGGAAAAGCGGCGCCUUGCUGAACAAGAAGAUAACACAUUACGCGAGCUCAGGCUCUUUCUCAGGGACGUGACCAAGCGCCUGGCCACUGACAAACGUUUCAGCGUUUUUAGCAAGCCCGUUGACAUUGAGGAGGUGUCAGACUACCUGGAGGUGAUUAGGCAGCCUAUGGACCUAUCUACUGUCAUGACCAAGAUUGACACCCAUCAAUAUUUGACAGCCAAGGAUUUCCUGGUGGAUGUUGAUCUCAUUUGCAGCAAUGCUUUAGAAUACAAUCCUGACAAGGAUCCUGGAGACAAGGUGAUCAGGCACAGAGCAUGCAGCCUUAAAGACACAGCCCAUGCUAUUUUUGCAGCUGAGCUGGAUCCUGAGUUCAACCGAAUGUGUGAAGAGAUCAAAGAGGCACGCAAAAAAAGGGACGUCCAGACACUGGGGCAGCCGACCACAGCUCCUGGUGCUUUACCAACUCGAAAGCAGCAAUCUGCAGCAGAUGAGCAGGCCAAGAUGAACAUUCAAGGCGAGCCCAGUUACAAACACUGCACUACCAAUCAUCUAAAGAGGAAGAUUUGCAGGCGGCCAUCUUGGAAGCGUGGUAUCAUACGUAAGAAGAAAAACUAUAAGAAAGAAACAGAGGAGGAAGAGGAGGAGCAUGAGGCAGAGGUGGAAGCUGCGGGUCCCAGUGACUCGUGUUUGACACAGGAUGAGGAAUCAUCCUGUGACACUCCAGGUCCCCAACCCAAUGGUCAUCAUCCACAUGCCCUCUCCACAGAAGAGGAAAGCUCCAAUGAACCUCCUGUUGUGGCUGAAGGCAGAACGGACCCAAAGCCUGAAGAGGAGGAGGCGUCCACAGCCAAAGAAGGACAAUCUGAGACCCCAGAGAAACAACACCGCCUCUGUGGCCCUUUUCAGCCCGAUGCAGAUCAGGAUAGUCGGGCCAAGCAGGCUGACAUCCAGCCUUUGAUUGAAACAUUCAAGUCAUCAGAUCCUCAGGUCCAGCCUAAACACACGGAGGGUCUCAUAGUUGCACAAGUGGACUGUGUGAAUGGGACAGAGUCAGUGGACAGCGUAGAUUUACACAGCCUCAAGAGAAGCAAUGAGGCUGACACAAGGACUCCUCUGAGCUCAGCUGAAGGCUGCAAUAUACCAGAACAGGAAGAGCACAAAGACAGAAAUGUGAGUGAACUAACUCAUGAGCAGCAUCCCCUGGAUGGUGGAGCCAGUACACAAACUGUAGAGGAAGAUCAAGGGAAAGAAGGUGGCGCCAGAGAAAAGACGAGCAUGUGCACCAUGUCGGAGCAGCUGAAGGAGUCUGCUGGAAGGACGGAUAAAGAGCCAGAACCAUCCCCUACUCAUCCUCCUGUAGUGGUUGACCAUCAGCGACUUCUGAUUUUGCUGGAUAUGGUGGUAAAGAAGAGUGAGGGCUACAGCGUGGAGCAGCUGGAGAGACUCUACUCCCUCCUUAGCCAGUGUAUCUACCAGCACCGCAGAGAAUACGACAAGACCCGGCUACUGGAGGAGAUGGAGGAGAAAAUCCAGCAUUUUGAUACAUUCCUGUGAGGUGGAGAGAAGAUACUUUUCAGGUAGAUCCUGAUCAGCCUGGGACCACAACGACUCACAUACAAAAAAAAAAAGAAAAAGACACACUCUCACAAAUCACUCUUGAUUUGUGAGAAUGAGGACAUUCAUUGGUGCUAUCGUCUCAGGUACCUGGCCAUAUCCAGACCCAUUUAACACAACCAAACACCUGCAGGUGUGCGGGUCAUACACACACCAACGGUGACAGGCAACCCUGGUGCUACUCGGGUGCUAUCCUAUAAUAUCCAUGCUGCUCUUGGGAACACUUGGUCAACUCGCUAAACAAACAGAUCUGGUGAUGUCUCACAACAACCUGGACGCUUCUCUCCACAGCUGGCAGCUCAUACAUACCUACACACACACACUGAGACCCUUACCAGCAAAAGUGUGAAUACCGAGUGCUGCCUCGAAGAGGACUGAUCGCAUCAUGAAUCACUGUUGCAGCCCUCUUGGCCCUCCAGUGGAACUCCUCACCAUACAGGCCAGUUAUCAACGCGCUAUUAUGUUGCUAAUUCUUUCUGCCGCCUCAGCUGCUCAACCGGUUGGAUAUCUGAGCCACAGAUGAGGAAACGUACCCCGACCUAAAGUUUGCAGAGACGUUUUAGGUGAUGAGGUUAGCACAGCAAGACCAGGAGCAAUUAUGUCCUGUUCAUUAUGGUGGUCAUCCGGUGUGGAAAGGCCCCCCGAAGGGUUUGAAUUGGUGGGUUUAAAAAGAGCAGUGUGUAGAUCCUCCUCAAUGAGCACAGUUGCUCACAGACCUGCUCAGUGAGGAGCUAUCCUGUCCUGAAUAGCUUCACAGUUUGAAUGUUUCUAUGGGCACAAAUUUCAGGCAAAAGUAUUCUGUUCUUUUAAAUCACACUUUGUAUCUUACUACAGUAAAAUGCCUCGAAAUUCAGAUCUCAGUACUAGAAGAAAACAUUAGUAUUUGUGAUCCAGUUGUGUGCUUUUAAACACAGACAUGUAAAACUCAGGUGCUCCCUGCAUUUAAUUUUUCAUUUGGAAGUUUAUGCUUCCAAAUGAAACUGAUUGGUCAGUGACCAGUCAAAGCGACCAAUCAGAAGAGAUAAAUAAGGGUCCUACUAUUGGUUUAGCUGUAUGCAUAACUGUAUCAACUAGAUGGGAUUGUUAUUUACCCAGAUGUUCUUUGCUCAUACUGUUCCUGCAGUUUAAACUACCUUUAGUUUUCUUCGGCUGUAUGGAGCAUAGAGUAACAUAACGGUGCCCCUCCCUGACCUGUUGCUGCACACUGGCCGACAGUUGGCUGAAGGGGGGCUACUGCAGUUUUCCCUCGCUUAAAGCAAAGACAAAUUUACCUGCAUAUAAAUCUUUCUGAUUGCAGAAAAAAACAAAUUAUCGUUUUAUUAUAACCAUAAUGAUCAAUAUGCUAUAUUACUUUAGCAGUGGUGAUGCUUUCUUUUCAGACAGAAAAGGGAUUAACUGGAUCAUGGUAUUCAGUUAACUGGCCAAUAGCUACUUAAAAUUUAAUUCAGAUUAAAAAUUAAAUAGGUCAUCCCUCUAAAAAGCAUAUCAGAACAUUUUAGUGCAGGUAGUAAAGUUCUAUUUGAUUUUCAGUCUAAAUUUAAUGAGGCACAUAGAGGGUAGCGGAGUUUACUAUGAAGGUUCAAAACUGUCACAAUUUAGUAACUAAACAAUUAGACACAAAAGGAUAAUUGUUUAAGUCUAUAAUUACUAAAUGCCAUUUAUAAAGGGUAUACAUAGUUGAAUGUUUUGUCAUAAGACGUUAAUGUGCUGCAGCUCUUCAUUUUUCUAUUUGUUUUCUAUCAGCCUAACCCUUUAAGUUCAGUGAACAGAGUUAACCAUGCGCUGAUCGUUACUAGUCUGAAGAGGACUAGCUGUACACCUUAACCAAUCACAUGUUAAGGCCAUAUUUGAUGAGCCACGGUGCUAGCUAAGUUAUAGCAUAAUGCCCUGCAGCACAGAAACAAUGUCAUAUAAAAUAAAACUAAAUAAACAUAUGACUCUAAACUUCAAGGAAUUUAAUUUGUUAUUGACGAAAUGGUUGGGGCAAAAUAGUUGGUUUAAUUUCUAAGAAGUAGAUUUUAGUUUUAACAAUUUGCUUUGUGUUUAUUUAGAUGUUAACAAAUGGCACAAAAGCUGAUCACAAUUACAAAGGUCUUUUCUCCACUUGCACAGACCUUGAUUUCUCAGGCAUUUUAUUCCUAAAGAUGUACAAGUACAAAACAUUUUGAGCCCAAAUUUCUGCUCAUAGGUUUCCCUCCUUUAAGCUUUGAUAUUACCCACCAACACCCCCGACUGAGGACCUGGAAGUACAAAUAGGAAGGUGACUGUAGGUUGCACUGCCUAGUGUGUGCCUUAUAACCCUGAUGGAGUAGAUUUAAUUUAGUUUUAGGUGGGGUGGGUCUUAACCAUGGAGUGUGAUCCAAAAGCAAAAAUAGAUUAAAUAUAUUAAUGCUAGACUGAAUAAAACAUGUUUUAAUUGUGGCCUAGACAACAAAAAUGACCUGCAGAUGUUAAAAACCAGAGGAAUUCAGCUGAUGCGUCUGCAGCACUUGAAAUGUUGUUACUGUAUUUAAAUGUAUUCACGUCUUGUCAGGCCCUAAACCAGCUGGGGGUGGGUGUCGGUCUCCACCCGAGCAGCAGCAGCCCGUAACGAAAGCUCCACGAUGCUGGGCUUUCCCUCAGUUGUUUUGUUUUUGUUUUAUGCGAGAAUCUAACGGUGCGAGUCCGAGAAUUUGUUGUGCCAACACAACGGCGCCUAGUCAUUGGCCGACUGUUUCAACUCAACAUAUUUUGUGGUCAUUAUAGUCUGUUUUAUUUUGUAUAUUUGAUAAUUGUUGCUUUUUUUUUGCUUGAAUUGAGAUUGUUUUUGCAUGGGUGGGGAAGUCAGAAUGAACAAGGCCAUUCUAGGCAGUGCCCCCCGCUACAGUGUUACAUGAUUUAGCUUAUUUUUCAUCAGCAAACUAGAGAAGCUGCAUUCUUUCCUGUGGCCAUCACAGUACAUGUUUUCUGUUUCUGUGGUAAAUUAAGGUGUUUACUGAAGCUUUAUAAACGGUUUAAUGGCAUUCUCAUGCUUUUUGAAGAUGUUUUGAGCAGGUGUGGACUGGAGAAGGCCCCUUCUUUUUCCUCAGAGCAAUCCUCAAACCUCUCUGGUCAGCUCUAACUCAAGCUCACGUCUGCCUUUUUCCCUCUAAUUCUUGGUGACGAAAGCAAAGGCUGUAUGCAAACUGGCAAUGACAGGUUAGAACUUGGACUACUGCAGAGAGAGGGGAAAAAAAACCAAUGCUACCUCAGCUUAAAUUAUUUUAAUGCGAAAUCUGUUUACUGGGUACAACAGUAUUUUUCUCACUCCAUAAAGUACUGUCACAACAUCCACAGUAUCAUAUUCGGUACUAGCAAGUCCAACCGCAGCUGCUGCAGUAAUCCAGGAGUUGUUUAUAUCUGAUUGUGUUUGUAUGUUUUAAAUUUGAGCCAGAUGAUGAUUGCAUUAAGGAUAUGACACGGACUGUAUUUAAAAGCUUUAGUUUCAGGUUCCUUUAUCUUCUCCUGCAUAUUCUCACCCUCCUCAAAGCAUUUUCUGCAUGUGUCGCCUUUCUUUCACCCUUUUUCUGCAGAUUUUCAUCUCAUUCUUACUAUUUAUUAGCAAAUAUUUUACACUUAAUAUUCAUGAAGUUGUCUUUUUGUACGCCAUGAAAUUUUACAUAUUCAUUGAGCAUUACGCGUACAUUUGUGUAGCGUUCGUGUAGCAGGUUUAUUUGGCGUCUGCGGGGGGAUUAAAGGAUUAACAGGUCUCUCAGGUUCAUCAUGGGACAAAAUGCCCUUUUCAUUUUUGUUCUUAAUUUAUGUUUUCCUAUUUUUCUUUGAAUGGUUACAGACUGUGACAUACUGGAAGAGACUAGCACAAGGAUAGUUAAGUUAGUCUUGUGCAUCACAGUGAAAGAAACAUGACCAGACAGAUUUGUUUCAUGGUGUUCACUUUGUCUUCAAUUUCUGCCAAAAGUUGUUUUUUUUUUUAUGGGUUAAAAAUUAACAUUUAGACAAAAAAUCUGGGUUGUUAAAUGUCAUACAUUGUGAUCUUCCUUCUUUAUAAAUUGUAGCCAGUUUGGACUAACAACCAAUUUUUGUCUGGUAGACGAGACUACUUAUGCAGGGAAAUGGGUGGUUUUAACCUGAAUCGUUUUAUUUCCCCCUUUUUUUGGUCCACAGUUCUGUUAGAAUGGUUUUGUAGCUUUGUCGGUUCUGUUCCUUUGUGCAUUUCAAACGCCUGUUCACAAUGUUACUUUAGUGUAAGUUAUAUUUGAAAUUUACUGUAUUUCUUAAUAAACUGCUGUUGAUAUACUUGAAUAAAAGGUGCAAACUAAA